AAUCGGAUCAUGGGUAACUCCGAAUAUAUUCGGUUCUGAACUCCUCAAGUUGUCCCUGAAAGAAUCCGUUGCUACAGUAUGCUGCUGCUAUUUAUGUACAGAUUCAUGUAAAAUCUCUUUUGCUCAGAUUCCACAAAAAGGACAUGGCUGGGAAGAAGGUUAUUGCUAUAUGUCUAUCAGGUGGUGAGUUUGAGAAGGACGAGGAUGGCAAUUUGUUUUAUAUAGGAGGGGAUGCACAUGCCAUGGAAGUUGACGAUGAAAUGACAUAUGAUAAUUUCAUAACAGAGGUAGCGGAGAUGUUCAACUACAGCACCAUGGCCAUGUCUAUCAAAUAUUUCCUUUUGGAUAAUAAGAAGACGCUUAUUUCAAUUUCAAAUGAUAAAGAUCUGAAACGCAUGAUUAAAUUCCAUGGUGACUGCAACACCACCGACAUAUAUGUUAUGAAUGAAGAAGUUGUCACUGCAGAUGUCUCAAGCAUGCCUGGGAGUAGGUCAAGCAGGACAAGUUUGUCUGAAGAUGGGAUUUUUGUUGAUGCUCCUGCUAGUCUUGGGGAUGAUAUUUUUGGUGACUCAAGUGAACCCAGUCUCCUGCUUGAUGCGAACUUUGAUAUUGGAGAUGAUUCAAACAAUGUGGAUGCCCUUUUUGAUAUACCUAGUGAUCUGCCUCUGCCUCUCCUAACUUAUAAUGGUGAAAAGCACGUGAAAGCCGCACAACAGUGGCAGAACAUUAUAACAGGUGUUGGCCAAAGGUUUAACAGUGUACAUGAGUUCCGCGAGUCCUUGCGUAAAUAUGCCAUUGCACAUCAGUUUGCUUUUAGGUAUAAGAAGAAUGAUAGUCACCGCGUGACUGUUAGGUGCAAGGUUGAUAGUUGCCCAUGGAGAAUUCAUGCAUCAAGGUUGUCUACUACCCAACUAAUUUGUAUUAAGAAAAUGGAUUCAGCACAUACAUGUGAAGGAACUGCUGUACCAACUGGUCAUCAGGCAACAAGAAGUUGGGUUGCAAGUGUGAUCAAGGAGAAAUUGAAGGAAGUUCCGAAUUAUAAACCCAGGGAUAUCGUUGAGGACAUAAAGAAUGAGUACGGAAUUCAACUUAAUUACUUUCAGGCGUGGCGUGGGAAAGAAAUUGCCAAGGAGCAGCUUCAAGGUUCAUAUAAAGAGGCAUAUGGUCAGCUUCCCAGUUUAUGUGAUUCAAUAAUGGAGACAAAUCCUGGCAGUCUUGCUACAUUCACUACUAAGGAUGACUCAAGCUUUCAUCGCCUUUUUGUAUCAUUUCAUGCAUCAAUUUAUGGUUUCCAACAUGGCUGUCGGCCUCUUCUUUUCCUUGAUAGUGUAACCUUGAAUUCGAAGUAUCAAGGAACGUUGUUGACUGCAACUGCUGCUGAUGGAAAUGAUGGUGUGUUUCCUGUUGCUUUUGCUGUAGUAGACGCAGAAACGAAUGAUAAUUGGCAUUGGUUUCUUGUGCAGCUCAAAAAUGCCUUAUCAACUUGUCGUGGUAUAACUUUCGUGGCAGAUAGAGAGAAGGGUAUGAAGGAGUCAAUUAUCAACAUAUUUCAGGACCAGAAUGUUUACCAUGGUUACUGUUUGCAUUACCUCUCAGAGAAACUUGUUAGAGAUUUAAAGGGCCAGUUUUCCCUUGAAGUUAAGCGUCUCAUGAUAGAGGAUUUAUUUGCUGCAGCGUAUGCAGGUACUCCCGAGGGCUUCCAAAUAUGUGCGGAGCGCAUAAAAAAUAUUUCAGUUGAAGCUUACAAUUGGAUCAAUCAAAAUGAACCUGAGCAUUGGGCCAAUGCGUUCUUCCCAGGAGCAAGAUAUAACCAUUUGACGUCAAACUUUGGGGAUGAGUUCUACGGAUGGGUAUCAGAGGCACAUGAACUUCCAAUAACUCAGAUGGUGGAUGCUAUACGGUGUAAGAUGAUGGAUGUAAUGUAUGCCCGCAGGGUAGAAUCCAGUCAAUGGCUGACGAGGUUAACUCCGUUCAUGGAGGAAAAGCUAAAGAAGGAGAGUGUCCAUGUUCAUCCACAUCCUGUGUUAAUCUCAUCUGGCAACAAAGUUGAGGUUCAUGGUGACUCCAUUGAAGUUGUUGACAUUGAUAACUUCAUUUGUAGUUGUAAAGGCUGGCAACUUACCGGAUUGCCUUGCUGCCAUACUAUCCCCGUCAUUGCUUGCCUUAAUCGUGAUCCAUAUGAUUAUUGUUCUGUAUACUUCACUGCUGUGAACUACAGGUUAACAUAUUCAGAAUCAGUGCAUCCUAUCCUCAUUAUUGAUAAGGCGGUGAAUGAUUCCUCUCAGGGUGCAUUGUCAGUGACAGUCAAAGCUCCUCCUACUCUUCGUCCACCAGGUCGGCCAGUGACAAAGAAAAGCAAAUCUAUAGGCAAACGUCAACUCCAAUGUGGGAGAUGCAAGGGCACUGGGCACAACAAGUCAACAUGCAAGGAGUUAUUAGGGACUUAGCCUGGGGUUGUAUUUCGCAGACUGUUCCAAGACGAUGUACCUGAGCUUCGAGGAAAAGCUUUUUUAUUAUUUUGCAUGUCAUUUUCGUAAUUUCUUCUUUUCGCAUUUAGAGGAUGAUAUCAGGGAAGAUAGAUUUUAGAGUUUAUCUGGCGCUAUAGUAGUGACUUUGCCACGAUUAAUGUAAAUAGCUGGAAUGAGUGAAUGAUCUUACAAAUUUUUUUUUUA